GGCUUUAUUGUCCAUUCGAAAAACCCACCCUUUUCCGUCUUCUUCAAUCUUCAAUUGUUUUCAUUUUUCCACUGUAAUAAACCCUAACCAAAUCAAAUCAAACCCAGAAAUCAAUUUCUCUAUCUUCCAUCUUCAGAGCUCAAAAGAAGAAAAAUGCGUUCAGUAAUCAAUAGAAUCCCAUCAAAAUACCUUGUAAAACGCUUCAUUCCAUCAAUUUCUCUCUCAUCCCACUCUCUUUCUACAUCAACUGAAUCUAAACCCCAGAAACUAGAUCGAAUCGCAAAUGAGAUGCUUUCCCUCAAUCCUGUUGAACUUCACGACUACUCUAUCCUAUUUGGGAUGAAGAUGGGCCUUAAGAAUGCUGGGUUAGCUGGACUUUCAGCUGGGCCAAGCUCACCUGGGUCAGCCCAGCCCAGUGCAGAGGCUGAGACCAAGGAGAAGACUAUGUUCGAUGUGAAAUUGGAGAAGUUUGAUGCAGGGGCGAAGUUAAAGGUGAUUAAAGAGGUGAGAAGUUUUACAGAAUUGGGGUUGAAGGAAGCAAAAGAUUUGGUUGAGAAAACACCUGCAUUUGUGAAGAAAGGGGUUACUAAAGAAGAAGGUGAAGCUAUUAUUGAGAAGUUGAAGGCGCUAGGUGCUACUGUCGUUUUGGAAUGAUUUUAAUUUUGUAAGUGUUAAUCAUUGUAGAAUUAUUAUCGUUAUUGUUAUUUUUUUAUGAUGAUAUGAAAAUGGUGAUUUUUUUUGUUGUCAUCAUAAAUUGAGUUGAAAAAUGUUACAUGUUGCAUUGCAUAAAUAAGCAAUUGAAGUUUUAUGAUUCUUUGUUG